CAUAAAAUCCCCUCGAAUCAAACCGCAAAUAAUCCCCCCCAAUAUCUCACGCUCCCCCCUCCCCUGCUUUCCCUCGCGCACCGACCCCACUCGGAUCCUCUCCUCCCCUCCUCACUGCCUCUCUCCCGUCCACGAGCGGUUGGUCGAUCGAUCGAUCGAUCGGCGCGGUCCUUCGCCAGCCAUGGCGGCGGCGGCGAUGGCGCCCUCGCCUCCGGAGCCGGCGUUGCCGCGGGAGCUCAGCCUGGGGGACCUCAGGGCGGUGUCCAUGCUCGGCCGGGGCGCCAAGGGCGUCGUGUUCCACGUCGUGCCCGCGGCGGCGGGGGAGGAGGAGGCCUCCAUGGCGCUCAAGGCGGUCUCGCGGGAGGCGGCGCGGCACAAGAAGAACGGGAGCGGCGGCGAGGACGGGCACCGGCGGAUCUGGUUCGAGCGGGACGUGCUCAUGUCGCUGCGACACCCGCUGCUCCCCUCCCUCCGCGGCGUCCUCGCCACCGACGCCGUCGUCGGGUUCGCCAUCGACCGCUGCGGCGGCGGAGACCUCAACUCGCUCCGGCGCCGCCAGACCGAGAAGAUGUUCUCCGACUCCGUCAUCCGCUUCUACGCCGCGGAGUUGGUGCUGGCGCUCGACUAUCUGCACAGCCUCGGCAUCGUGUACCGCGACCUCAAGCCGGAGAACGUCCUGAUACAGGACAGCGGCCACAUCAUGCUCGUCGACUUCGACCUCUCCACGAGGCUCCCGACGCCGCCGCCGCCACCGGAGGAGCAGGACGCAACGAUUGCUGAUUCCAUGCCGGAGCCUCCGCCCAGUUCACCGUCCCCGAACCGCGCGAAGGGCAAGAGGCAACCGGGGGCGGCCUCGUGCUUCCCGUUCUGUUCGGUCGGCGCCACGAAGCCGGCCGCGUCGGCGGACUCGCCGUCGCCAACGUCCACCUCGCGCACGGCCUCGGCGUCGUCCUCGUCCUCAUCCUCGACGGCCACCACCGCGUCGUCCUCCACCGCCGCUGGCGUGCGGUCGCCAGCGAAGUCGAACUCGUUCGUGGGCACGGAGGACUACGUGGCGCCGGAGAUCAUCGCCGGCAGCGGGCACGACUUCUCCGUGGACUGGUGGGGCCUGGGCGUGGUGCUCUACGAGAUGCUCUACGGCCGCACGCCGUUCCGGGGGCUGAACAGGAAGGAGACGUUCUACCGCGUCCUCUCCAAGCAGCCGGAGCUCGUCGGCGAGAAGACGCCGCUGCGCGACCUCAUCGCCCGCCUCCUGGAGAAGGACCCCGAGAAGCGCAUCGGCGCGCGCGGGAUCAAGGCGCACCCGUUCUUCAACGGCGUCGACUGGGACCGCAUCCUCCGCGUGGCGCGCCCGCCGUUCAUCCCGCCCCCGCCGGAGGACGAGGACGAGGCCGGCGAGGUGCUCGACGUCGAGAAGGUCGUCAACGAGGUGUUCGCGGCCAAUGACGGCGGGGCCGCAGCGGGUGUGGUGGAGAAGCCUUCGCCGGAGGCAGGUGGAACUCUGGCCGUCGGCGAUGGCGAGCAGAGGAGAGAUCCGUCCAAAGAAGGCGAUUUCUCCGUAUUUUUCUGAGCGUAUUUAUUGAGUUCUUUUUUAGCGUUCUCUCUCUUAAAAAUGGAAAAUUACAUAGCUAUUUUGGUUUUUUCUAUGGACUAGAAUUAUUAUGGGGGUCUCUAUUAGUAAUAGACAUAAUUAAGACAAAGUACGGCGCGGUGGAGUACAUAAAUCGACUUUGCUCUUGUGUUUAAUGGAGUACAGUCUGUAUAGUAUUUUUCCCCUUUCCCUUUUAUUUUCUUCUUUGUUGGAUACAUUUCCCCGUGCAACGAUGCAAGCUAGGGGAUUACUGAAGAGUGUACAUAAGGAAUGAUGAACAGCAAAAUUGGCCUAAUGUUGUGUCCA